UUGGUGAGUACUUACGUAUUUAUCCAAUGUAUUUAUUAAUCUUGAAACUCGAGGUUUGCCAGGUCAUAAUCGCCUCAGAUUUGACCCAUCCUCAGGCCUUACCUGCAUGACAUACAUGAGAUAGCCAUCGACCACGUUUUCAUCUCGCCGUCUUAAUAGCCUGCAUCUUGCACUGUUUUUCUCACCUAUAUAUAUCCAUACGCGGCGCCUGGGUUUGUCCAACCUGAUUCUGAUUUUCUUGCUCACUCUCUCUGCUCGCAGCAUCCCACCUACUAUUAUUUGUUUAUGGUUGGCAGGAAUUAAACAAGAUUAAGAUCAAGAAUUGUGGUUACGUUCCGCGUUUUAGUUUCGGCUGAUUAAGUAUUAAUCAGUUUGAGUCCUCCUGGUUUUCAUAUAUUCUUGAUAUAAAUCGCGCAUGGCUGCUGCGGCUGAUCUCUCUGUCAUCUUGCCCCGUGUUCUUAUUGUCUCCAGACGCAGUGUCCGCAAGAACAAGUUCGUUGAUUUCGUAGGAGAAUAUCAUCUUGAUCUGAUAGUGAGCUAUGGAGCAGUGCCUGUCAUCGUUCCACGGGUAACAGGAGUACACAUGUUGCUCGACAGCUUCGAGCCAAUUCACGGCGUUCUUCUCUGCGAAGGGGAAGACAUAGAUCCCUCUCUCUACGAAGCCGACACCUCGAACUUAUCGUCGGAAGAAUUGGAAGAAAUCCGCAGGCUGCACGCCAGCGACACCGCCAUCGACAGAGAAAAGGAUGCCAUAGAACUGGGGCUGGCGAAACUCUGCCUGGAGAGGAACAUUCCUUACCUGGGAAUAUGCAGAGGUUCGCAGAUCCUAAAUGUGGCUUGUGGGGGUACCCUUUAUCAGGACAUAGGGAAAGAACUGACGAGACACGUACCUGAAAAUCAGAGAGUUGUGCACAUAGAUUACGAUAACUACGACGGGCACCGGCAUCCUGUCAGGAUUCUUGAGAACACACCUUUGCAUCAGUGGUUCAGCGAUUCUCUGGGGGAUGACGGGGGAAUGGAGAUUUGGGUUAAUAGUUAUCACCAUCAAGGAGUGAAGAGGUUGGCCCAGAGGUUCGUGCCUAUGGCUUUCGCUCCGGAUGGUUUGAUCGAGGGGUUUUACGACCCGGAUGCGUAUAAUCCUGAAGAGGGGAAAUUCAUAAUGGGACUCCAGUUUCAUCCUGAAAGGAUGAGGAAACCCGAUUCGGAAGAGUUUGAUUAUCCGGGCUGCCCUUUUGCUUAUAAGGAAUUUGCAAAGGCAGUGCUUGCUUAUCAGAAAAGGCUUAACAGCUUGACGAGUGUGCCGAAGACCCUGAAGCUCGACAGGGAAAUGGAGAAGAAGAGGAAGAUUAUCGUCAGGAGCUUUUCACUUGCAAGAAACAUAUAUGAAGGAGGCCGUGUGAUCAGUUCUUCUAAAGAGUCUGAACUCGAGGCCGGAGCAGAGUUUCUGGAGUCGAAUACGGCUCUGAGCCUGCAACAAGAGACAAGACUAAAGCAGAUGGGGGCGACGGUGAGGAACGCAUCGUCCUACUUGGAGAGACUGAAAUUGAAUGAAGAGAAGGAGCAGUUAGCCCGGAAAGUGAUGGGGAAAAUGCCGGUGGAACAGCUAUCGGAUCUCAUGUCGUUCUACCACAUGAUGGGCCAGAUUUGUUCCGAAGUCUUGGAAAGGAAACUUCAAGGCAUAGUUGGUGAAAUACCCUCUUGAUCAUGUUACAUGCAUGGUGCAGAGUAUAUUUGGGUAAAUCAAGUUAACAUUCUUUAAGGUUAAGUCUAAUUACACAAACACUUUAUUUAUUGACAAAAUUACGAGUAUAUCCUUUAAGGUUGUAGUUGUAAUUAUAAUUACACCCUCUAUUCAAUACAAAAGUUUUACACCAACACCCCCGAGUACAUUUUUAGGGGAUACAUUUGUAAUUUUAUCAACAGUAAAAAGUGUUUGUGUAAUUAGAUUCGAUCCAGGAGAUGUGGAUAUAAUUUACCCGAUA